AUGUCAUUUACGCAAAUAGACUGCAAUGAUGUAAAACGGCCAAGUCAUGGCAACGCAACUACAUCCAGCGAGACAUCAGUGGGCACGAACACCGCGACUGCGGCCACAGCUGGGCCCAGCAAAGCACCGCCGCCAGCCGCCAAGUUCCGGCAUGGUCUGCUGCAGCUCAUGAUCCAUACCAUCGAUCCAAUGCACGAUGGAAAAGUAGACGAGAAAGCAACACAGCUACACGCGAUAGCAUCGCUCAAAGUGCUACUCGAAGCUACGAGGCCAACAGCAGGCGGCGCGGGAGCAGCGGCUGCAAAAAAUGCAGCAGCAACAGCGCAGGCAAAAGAAACGCCACUGGAUCUACCAAACGGUGGGCUGGCGGAUGUACAGUUAGAUGCUAUAGAAGAGAUUGGAGACUUAGAAGAUGACACGACGCCAUUGGACAUGUCGUGGCCAUCUGGUUUCCGAAAACGACUGACGUACGUGUUGGUCGCGCCAAUUGUCUUCCCAUUAUGGAUAACCCUCCCGGACACCAGGACUCCGAGAGGUAAGGAAAAACCUAUUCCCUAUAACAUUUAUAGGGUCAAUAGUGUGGAUAGCGUUCUUCUCCUACCUCAUGGUAUGGUGGGCGAAUGUAGCGGGGGGCGACAGCGUACGUCCCCCCCUGAAGUGAUGGGGCUGACGCUCCUGGCUGCGGGGACCUCUGUUCCGGAUCUGAUCACGUCGGUCAUCGUGGCCAGGAAGGGCUUCGGGGAUAUGGCUGUGUCCAGCUCGGUCGGGAGCAAUAUAUUCGAUGUUACUGUAGGGUUGCCGCUGCCAUGGCUGCUUUACGGGCUGAUCAACGGGGAGCCAGUCCAGGUCAACUCCAAGGGCAUGGUCUGCAGCAUCGUGCUGCUUUUCGCGAUGUUGCUUUUCGUGAUCCUCAGUAUCGCCUGCUUCAGGUGGAAAAUGAACAGGGGUCUCGGCUUCACGAUGUUCCUACUGUAUUUCGUCUUUGUUGCCGUAAGCCUGGGUCUGGAGUACGGCUACCUUCAUUGUCCAAGCGAAUAA